CUGUGUCUGUAUCUGUAUCUGUAUCUGUAUUUGUAUCUAUAACUGUGUGCUGUUUUAUGUAGCAUAGCAUUUAUCGAUUUAUUUUGACUUCUACAAACAAACGUAUUAUUUAAUAUAAAAACAACGAUAACAGGAGCAUGCCAAACACACAAAAAUGGGAAUGGGCUAAAAAACAAAUGGUAAGGAGGUGCGGGUAGAAUCGAAAGGGAGUGGAAAAACUUUAGGGCGCUUUUGGGUUCAGCAGCCACAACUUUUGCGCAUAAUGCGCCAAUUUUAACAACGACCUAAAGUCAAAUUGACUAAAACGCAUUGAAAACUUAAGUAAUUUCCCCAGUUAUUUUGUUUUUAGGCUCUUUUUUUUUUGUUGUUAAGCUUCUAAACAAAAUAUCGCUUGAAGCGAGCACUUUUCCUCCCAUUUUCUUUCGUCUUCACUUCGUGUCCAGCUUGUUAUUGCAGCUGUCUUCAUGACGUUGAAGUUUGUUUUUGGCCGAGUACAAAGAUGUGUUAUAUAUUGAAAUAACGAGGAAAAUGCAGUGAAGUUGAAACGUGGCAAGCGAAGGUAUUAAAAGAAAAUUCAUAAACUGCUUAAUGAAGCAAAGCAAUUACAUAAGCGCAAAGAAAUACAGCAAAUGCGAAUUGUAACCGAUAAAAGCAUCCACAAUUGUGGCAAUUUAUUUUUGGUAAAACUGAGUGAAAAACAAACGGAAAGUUUUACGUUAUAAGUAAAUAAAUGUGUACAGCAAAUUUGUUAUAUAUAUUUCCCAACUUCUAUUUCUGCAGGUAGCUGUUAAAUACUUAUAAUCCAAAAAAGCGUGUCAAGCCGUCCUCUUUACAAACAAAAUAUCAUAAAAUAUGUAACUAAAAUUUAAACAAAUACUUUUUCAACAAUAAUUGUUUAAAUGCUCAUAUACCUUAAUAAAUAACUUAAUAUACAUAAUGUACACUAAAUACGAGUACAAUAACUAAAUAAGAGGCAAUACUUGCCUCUCGCUAAACGAGUGAGAACCAAGAUGAUGGUAGCCCAAUCUUUGGCCCACCUUUUGCGCGCGCGUGUGAAAUAAAAAGAAAAUACAAAACAAAAAAAAAAAAAAAAAUAAAGAAAAGAAAAUAAUUAAAAAAAAAGAAUAAAGAAAAUCAUAUGAAUAACCACAGACACACUGAGCAAAGCAAAGCAGAAAAAACAAAAAUAUAAAUAAAAAUAAAAAAAGAAAUUAGUGAAAAGUAUUAAAACGAAUUAUAAUAACAUCAGCAGCAAUAAAAACAACAACAACAACAACUACAACUACAACAACAACAACAACGGCAACAACAAAAGCAUAAGCAUAAGUGAGAGCAGCCAGAGCCGUGGAAAAUCAACUCAAUGUCAAAGUGGACGCCGGAUAUAGAAAUGCUCAUCAUAUAGUUAUUGUAUACAUACAACCUCAUAUAUGUAUGUAUGUACAUUCAUGUGUGUAUAUAGCGUAUAAAAAGCAAUAGCCGUGGAUUAGAGAACCAUCGCUGCCACUUGCCGUUUACCGUUUGCUGUUGCUAACGACAAUCAACAUCUAGGAAAUUCAUCAUACGCACUGUGGGACACGACACAAGCAAAUGCAUUACCUGAUUGAAAGCAACAAGAAAGAAGAAAGAAAAACGGAAUCGAAUAUGUUCUAUCAUACAAAACCUUUUUGCAGAUUUUUGAUUUUGUAUCCCCAUCAUCACCACCACCACCACUACAACAACAACAACAACAACUACAACAACUACAACAACAAUAACAAGAACAAGCACCAACAAGAACAAGAACAACAAGAAUAUCAACUGCGUCAAGUGCGACGAUGGCUGCCAUAAAUACGGUACCCAAAAGCAUACACCUGCCAUUGACGAGUCUCAGCACGCCGCGCGUGUUGAUGUGCAGCGCCUCCGUUGGCAGUGAAGGAUCCGUGACACUGCAAUUGAGAGAUGCCAAUGCCUUGGAGACAACAACAACAACACCAGCAGCAGCGACAACAAAGACAACAGCAACAGCAGCAACUACAACAAUAGCAACAUCUUCGUCAUCAUCAUCAUCAUCGAGCAAUCCAACAAAUGGCGUCACUCUGCUUGAGACCUCAUCAUCAGCGUCAGCAUUAGAGAAUGCAUUGACCAUUGGCUAUCCGGAUCCGGAUAUGUUAGCAGAUGUUUUGGGCACCAUUCAGACAGCCUCUCUCAAAAACAAACACAGCAGCAGCAGCAACAGCAACAGCAGCAGUAAAAGAAGUAGCAACAACAACAGUAGAAAUAACAGCAGCAACAGCAACAGUGCACCAACAAUUCUAAAUACAAGUGCUGGCAUUCAUUUGAAUAAUCCGAACAAGAUAACGAUAACGCGUCGAAGUUCGACGAACAAGAUCAGUGUACAGACGGUGAGCACGUCGACAAACACAACCAUUAGCAGUAUUAGCGGCAACAAGACCAACUACAUUAAGAACUGUCUAAUACGCAGCAGCAGCUGCAGCAACACUGCCACCAAUGUCACGACGCUGGCACAGAUUAUGAGCAACAGCAGCACCAGCAGCGCUGCCAGUUUACUCAGUCAGCAUAACAAUAAUAGCAAUUGCAGCAACAGCAGUAACUUUAGCAACGCCUCCUCCGUUGGCAGCAGUAUUAGCAUUGGCAGCAGCACCAACUGCAGCAACAGUAGCAGCAACAGCAGCACCAACAGCAACAGUAACAGCAACAGCAACAGCAACAGCAACGACAGCAACAGCAGCAGUGGUCACAGUUUAAGUUUCAAGAGCAACGGUCGAAAUGUUCCUGGCGUAGUCACAACAGCAGCAUCCACAAACACCACAGCAACUGGCAUUGGCAUCGUCACCGUCGACACUGCGCCCAGAAAGAGUCGCCCCAAGCUAUCGUCCCCAACACGCCACGGACCGCAGCAGUGUCAGAUUUGUAGCAAGAUCUUUGGAAAUGCCUCGGCGCUGGCCAAGCACAAACUGACGCACAGCGACGAACGGAAAUAUAUUUGUGCGCUCUGCUCGAAGGCAUUCAAGCGGCAAGAUCACUUAAACGGACACAUGAUGACGCAUCGCAACAAGAAGCCUUACGAGUGUAAGGCCGAUGGCUGUGGCAAGUCGUAUUGUGAUGCACGCUCCCUGCGCCGCCACUCGGAGAAUCACCAUGGAGGCGUGGCCACGCCCACCAAUAGCUCAUUGUCGCCCGCAGCCAAUACAAGUUGCGGCAACAGCAGCAGCAGUGUCAGCAACGGCAGCAACAUUGGUGCUGGUGUUGGUGUCGCCACCAAUUCGUUGAGUCUGUCGCCGGCAACGGCUAGCGGGGAUGCCAGCUCACCGGAUGGGGCAACCUGCAUACGCACCUACAUCUCCACAGGCAGCUCUGUGGUGGAUGCGGCCACAGGAAUCGCGCUGUCCGAGGAGCAAAUCAAGGCCAUGAACUUGCCAAUCAAGACGGGAGUCACACUGCUGUCGCCAACGACAUCGACAUCCUCGAAUGCCUCAUCCACAGCAUCGUCCACGUCGUGCUCCUCCUCAUCCGUUGGCAGCAACAGUGGCAACAACAACAACCACAUUGGCAACACUCUUAUGUCCAGUUCACCGACUAUAACACUCAGCGAUGGGGCCAUGCUGGAGGGCGAGGGCUUGACACGGGAGCAGCUCGAUCUCAUCAGCAAGAUCAUGCAGCAGACGAAACAAACGAGCGCCCAGGUCACAGUCUCCUCUCCCACCAGCGUCAGCUCCUACAAGAUCAACACGGAGACUGCCCCGGUGCAAAGCCGGCCACGCACUUGGAACAUGCAAUUGCUGAAUAAUGCACAGAAUGUGACCGUUACCGUCGAGGAUGGCACCGAACUGGUUGCCUCCGCCACCAGCUCACCCGACGACGUCAAGGAGGAUGAGCUGAGUCAACAAAUUGUGGCUGCCAUCAAUCCCCACCUGCUCAACAUUGUGAAGAUCGACAAGCCAGUUGAGUGCAAUCUUUGUCACCGUAAGUUCAAAAAUAUACCCGCCCUCAAUGGGCAUAUGCGUCUCCAUGGUGGCUACUUCAAGAAGGAUCCAGAAACCAAGCGCAACGAGAAGAAGGAUGCAAGUGGACCGCCCUUGCAGACAGCCAGCAUCGGUGUCCGUGCCCUCAUCGAGGAGAAGAUCAUUAGCAAACGCAAGGACAUCAAUAAGGGCGCGUUUGUAGUGCCUGCACCACCCGGCAGCUCAGUGAACAGCGGGGGUGCUGGCGGUGGUGGUGGUGUCGGCAAUGGGGUCAGCAACCUGCGACGCUCCAUCAGCGAUUUGGAGAGUUUCCUCAAUCCGAAGAGCAGUUUGAGCCAGGCACUAGCCACCAGCUGCAGCACGAGCACCACCACAGCGGUGUUGCCGGCGGCCACCACCAUCAAGAGCAGCAAUGGUCUGAGCAUUCAGCAGAUUGGGCUGCCCCAGAGCAUUGAGAUCUUCAGCGGUGGCCAGAGACAGCCAAAGACUUUGAGCCUGGGCAGUGGUGCCAACACGAUAACCAUAACCACCAACAAUGUGCCUACCACAACCACCAUGAGCGCUCUAACGGCACUAAAGGGUGGCAGCGGCAGCGGCAGCGGCAGCGUCGUCGGCAGCGGCAGCGGCAGUGGCAGCGUCGUCUCGAACCACGCGGAUCCCAAGGACUCCACGUUGAUUGAGCUGUUGAAACGUGGCACACGGAUUGCCGUGACCUCCAAGAAGACGCAGUUGCAGGCACAAACAAGUACAAACCUGCUGCUCAGCAAUAUGUCCGGCACGGAACUGACCACCAUUGGUGGCAGUCUGCAUACGGGUCGACAGAUCAUCACCAACAACAAUCGCACUGUCAUCAUACCCUCGGAUGUGCAUGUCGUCUCCACCAAGAGCAAGUUGAUCUCCAGCAGCAGCAGCAGCAACAGCAGCAACAACAACAGCAGCAGCAACAACAACAGCAGCAUCUCCUUGCCGGAUGGCACUCCCCUCUCCCUGACCAUCGCUCCAAGUCAAGAGAGCCUCGGCGUCAUUGGGGAAACCAGUGGCAUGACGAACGGAGGAGGUGGUGUCUAUACGGUGACCUAUACCAGCGAUGCGGAUGCAUCGGAUCUCUUUGACGAUGCCGAGGUGUACAAUGUCUCCGAUACGGAGAUGCUGCUGCAAACUGUGGACACCAUGGAGCUGCUGAACGAUGACGAGGACGAGGCACACAAAAGUGAACAUUCCGAUGACUUUGCCCUGCUCGGCUCCGAGACCGGCGGAGAUCACACGCAGCUGAUUAAAUUGGAGCCAGAUGCAGGGCAGUGCAACAGCAGCAACAACAACAACAACAACCACAACAGCAAUAUUAAUCAGACGACGCCAUUGCCCACCUUCCAGCAAUUCCAUUCCAAGGAGCUCAUCAUGCAGAACAGCUCACAGAUCCAGGCGAUUGCCAAUAUGCGCGGAGGCAGCAGUCUGGGUGUGCUUGCCUCGCCCCUGCACUCACCCCUCGCCUAUCCGACGCCGCCGUCCAGUCACGAGAACGUGGCGCAAUCCUCACCCUUCAUCGAGGAUGCCGCCGCCCAGUUUGUGGACGCGAAUCACACGUUCUUUGGCGACAAGACGGACUUCUCCCACGUCUACUUCAAGACAGACGAUAGCGAUUCCCUGCAGCAGCAGCUCAGCGACAAUGACAAUGAGAAGAUACUCAAAUUGAAGUCCGUGCUGGAGGAGAGCAGCUUUGAUCCGUCCAUCAAGGUGGAGGAUCUGCUCAAUAGCAACGAGGAUGAUGCCGAGUGUGAUCUGCGUGAAUUUGCCGAGACAAAUCUGUCGUUUCUCGACGAGGAUCAGGAGUUUCUCAACGAUUCGCGCAACGCCACAUCGCCGCUCUCCGAGUCCUUCUUCACCAGCGGCAUCGGCUCCGCCGAGGAUGUCAAGCAGGUGCUGCGCGAGGUGCUGCCCGAUGAGAACAUGCAGCUGCAGCUGAGCAGCGAGCAGCAGGGCGAGAAUAUCAUAGAUCUCUACUAUCUGCCGGGACUGGGACUGCAGUCCCAAAUGAUGCCCAACUCGGAUGAUCCACUGUUGUCGUCGUCGCCACGGGAAUUUGGCCAGCAGCGUCAGUUGCUGCAUGCAACAACAACGUCGGCAGUUCAGGUCAUGGAGCCGACAGUGCUGUACGAGCAGCAAUCAACGCAGCAGCAGCAGCAGCAACAACAACAGCAGCAACAACAGCAGCAACAGCAGCAACAGUUGCUGCCACAAACCGAGCUACCGCAACAGCAGCAACAACAACAGACAGAGUUCAUGCUGCCCAACUACACUCCGGUGUCGUGUCAGACACAAUAUCUGGACACCAAUCAGCAGGCGAUGACGUUGCAGCCACUGAACAGCCUGUUGCAGCCAUUGCUUUAUGCCACCGGCAACAACAACGGCAACAACGGCAACAACAACGUCGGCAACUCGAGUGAGAAACACGAGUUCACCACACUGCUCAGCACUCAUGUCGGGGGGCAUGCCACAGUGCUUGAUGCCAGUCUGCUGUUUGCCUGCAGCGACAGUGGCAACAAGCAACAAGUGAUUGCCACCGCGUUGCCAGCAGCAGCAGCAGCAGCAGUGCCACCGCCAGUGGCAAGUGUCUCCAAUCUACAGCCAUUGUCGAACCAAACGAAUUCCAUACUGAAGCGUCGUUUGCGCUCGAAUGGAGCGCAGGAUGUGCACAAGUUCUCCAAAUUCCAUACACUCUCGCCGCAUCGCUCCAAGCUGCGUAAACCUUCCCGCACUCAUUAUACGCCAGCUCCCAUCCUGAAUCCGGAUCGCAAGGGCACCGGACUCUAUUGCAAUGUGCGCAAGCAACUCGGCCAGGGCAUCUUCGAUGUCUUCGACGAUGACUUUGGCGAUCCUGUGGGUCUGGUCGACUUCUCCGACGAGUCCAAGGUGAAUCUGGGCUCGACUUAUCAGGCUCAGAUACCCGCCUGCAAGCCGUCGGAUGAGUACAACAAGGAGACACCAAUGGGCGCCGAUCUGAUGUGGGAUCCCAGCGUGCAGCUUGACGAGAAGAUCCUCAUGCGCUACAUAGAUCUCAGCAAAUCAUCUGCCGUCCCCAUGGGCAGCCAUUCGGAGGAAGUCGCUCUCCAAACCCUUCUCGACGCCAAGGGCAACUCGGCAGCUGCUGUCUUAACCCUGCUCCAAACCCAGUCCAGCGCAUUCCAGAUGAAGUGGACUGCCUACGAGCUGGAGCAGUUUCUGCGAGGUCUGGAGAAGCACGGCAAGAACUUUGGCAAAAUCGCAAGCGAGCUGCUUACAAAGACAUCGGGUGAGUGCGUUCAAAUGUAUUAUUUUUGGAAGAAGCUCUGUGUGGACUACAAGGUGUCUCAUCUGAAAAUGGAGCCAGUUACGCCCAGCACUCCGACGGUGGAGCAGAAGCCCUACGUCUGUGAGAUUGCCGACUGCUCGGCGGGUCUUCAAUAAGGUUAAGAGCCGCAGUGCCCACAUGAAAACUCACCGAGUACAGGAGUCGGAACAAUCCUCUAAUUCCAAACAACA